GUAUAUUCCGGCAGCAUCCCCUUAGCCCUGACUCGUAUCACGUGCUAUAAUGUUGACUGACCCACUUGCCACAAGAACGAACUUGAGACUAUUGUUAUGUCGGGUCGACCGACCCUUGUCUUUAUACCAGGCUCCUGGCAUAGACCUACAUGCUAUAAUCCGAUCAUCAAGCCCCUGGAGCCUAAGUUGAGAUGUGUCACAGUUUCUCUUCCCUCAACAGCAUAUAACCCCGAAGCGACCUUUAAAGAUGAUAUCGAUGCAGCCCGGGAUGUGAUUUCCGCUGAAACAAGUACCGGGCGCAACGUCGUUGUCAUUGCGCACUCAUAUGGCGGCAUGGUGGGCAACAGCGCUGUCAAAGGCUUCACAAGGCCGACAGACGCAGAUGACAAUCGAGCGGGAUCCGUGAUUGGACUGAUUCUCAUAGCCUCUGGCUUCACCUUGACUGGUCUGUCUUUCAUGGAUCCAUUCUUCGGCCAUCCGCCACCUUCUUGGCGUGUUAAUAAUGAGACCGGCUACGCGGAGCUUGUCACUCCCCCCCGCGAACUCUUCUACCACGACCUACCUAAGGAAGAGGCAGAAUACUGGGUUUCUCAGCUUAUAAGUCAGAGUCUGAAGGCUUUGUUCGAAGGCGGCGAGUACAGUUAUGCCGGGUGGAAAGACGUGCCGUCCUGGUACAUCGGGACUGUGGAGGACCGAGGGCUACCGGUCCUGGCUCAGCGGAUGUCGGUUGGCAUGGCGAGAGAGAUGGGGGCUAAUGUAGAGCAUCGAGAGCUGCAGACGAGCCAUUCGCCCUUUCUCAGUCAACCUGGAUUGACAGUGGAAAUCAUUUUGGAGGCUGUUGAUGCUUUUACCAACUCCAGGAGUGAUGGGUCUAAAUCAGCGGUCAAUAGGGCUGAAAAUGACAUAGUCGUGCCGCGUGCUGACCUCUUGAAACCACUGACAUGGUUCAAAUUUGGACUGCCGAUGGUUGUUGGCCGUGUGUUGGGCAGAUGCAUUCUUUUAUUUGGCUGGGGAAGGAGGCUGUGGAAUAAGUAGUCAUUGAUCAACGGAGCUUUUACCUAGUUAUGUUGACG